AUUGAUCGCUUAUCUUCCUUCCUAGAAAUUGGAUCGGUACUAAUUAUAUUCAAAACUAUGACGGUACCAAAUUGUUAUUAUAUCAGCUGACAAAAAUAUGGCGUACAUUUUUCUAAAAGUUUAUUCAAUGUUGCUUAUCCGUUGUCGUGAGUUUGAGCAUUACGGUAUAUUACUAACUAGUCAUAAAAACCAAUAUAAAGACAGUCAAUGUUAAACGUUUGCUAAUAGUUACUCAUCCUUGCCGUGAGAUGUUGUCGGUAGGAUUUGUUUGUUUGUUUUUGCUCGGAUUUGUUUGUAAAGCGCAAGCUUAUGGCGAAUAUAUUCCUAGAUCGGUGUAUCUAAUCGAUGAAGAUGGUUACGAAACUGAACCUAUUUUCGUCAGGAACAGAAGAGAAGUUGAAGAUGUAUUAUCGAGAAUAAGAAGAGGCGGUGGCGCUUACUCGUAUUCCGGAAGCUCUAGCGGAAGUGAUUACGCGGGAGCAUCUGAUGAAUUGGCUCAUAUCCAAGCCCACGUCGAAGACAUUAUAAAACAGGCUUCGAAUAACCACAAUCAAAUAGUUACUCGAUUUGCUGAUACAGCCGAUUCUCAUCUAACAGGAUCCGGAAGUGGAGGAGGAGGAUCUGCUUAUUCAUAUUCAGGUUCGACAGGUUCCGGUUACGGAUCUGGAUAUUCAAGUGGGUCUUCAGGUAAUUCAAGACAUUCUGGAAGUGGCGGAAAUUCAGGUAAUGAUGGGUCAACAGGAUAUGCUAGUAAAAGUGGUUCAUCAGGAUAUUCGGGACAUUCUGGAAAUGGAGGAUAUUCAGGUCAAAGUAGUUCAAAAGGAUAUACGGGACAUUCUGGAAGUGGAGGAUAUUCGAGCAAUGGUGGAUCAACAGGAUAUUCUGGAAAUGAUGGUUCAACAGGAUACACAGGGCAUUCUGGAAGUGGAGGAUAUUCGAGCAAUGGUGGAUCAACAGGACAUUCUGAAAACGGAGGAUCUUCUUCUGGUCCGAGCAUUUUUAGCAGGAGUGGAAUAGAAAAAGGAACGGGUAUUAAAGUAUCCUCGGAGGCUCAAGGACCUAAGGCGGCAUUUAGUUAUUCUUCCUCGUCUUCAGAUGGACAAGGAAACGUUAAAUAUAAUGUAAAGUCUGGGCAAUAUUAAAAAUAACAACUUAUGUUUUAUUGAUAAAUAAAGAUACACACACAAUA